GGAGUUUUUUUACAUACAAGGGAAUUUAUGAAGUUAGGCUGACAACACCAGUCUUCAAGUCUUCAGAUUUUUGUGUGCGCCGGCUUCGCACGUGAACGUGUCGCGAAAAUCUCAUAAAAUUAGUGAAAUCACCAUGUCGGACGAAUAUUUCUAUGGUGUGACCCUGUCCUCGACGCACCAGUCGGAGACGUGGGACCCCGAGGCGAAGGUGGAGUACCCGCGCAGCAACAAGCUGCUCAUCCGCCUGGCGCUGCUCGGGCCCGACGCCAAGCCCGACGAGUUCAACGUGGUGCAGGUAGAAACAAUGUCACUACAAGACUCUAUCAAGAUCCCCGUGGCCAUCCUGAAGGUGGGAGAGACGCGGCAGGCGCGGCUAGACCUGGAGUUCCCUGAUGCUCCCGUCACAUUCACACUCAUCCAGGGUUCCGGCCCAGUACAUCUCAUCGGUCAGCACCUGCUCGGGGCGCUCGUGGAGGAGUUUGAAGAUAUGGAGGAGAUGGAGGAGGAGAUGUUGGAUGAAGAGGAGGGAGACGACUCGCAGUUCAAGGAAGAUGAGAAUAAAAGGAAAUCAUCUGCAGGCAAGCGCAAGACGAAUGAGGAUGACGACGAUGAGGAGGGUGAACCCAAGGGCAAGAAAGCGAAAAUGUCGAACAACGCUAAAGGCAAAGCCCCGUCUCCGAAGAAAAACGCCAAGAAGUGAGCGCCCCCCCCCCCCCCCCCAGCGCCGCCGCCGACGCCCGGAGUCCACGAACACUCCACAAGACUGACGCCCGACCGGGGCGAAACUGACCAAUCUUUUUUUCGACAUUCUUCUAUCUCCAUCUGUCACUCGAUUCUAACGAGCGCGAUAGAGAUAGCAGAGUUUGGAAAAAUGGAGGGGGCUCGGGCGGCGGUCGCCUAGUUUACGUUUACGAUAGUGUGGUACGAUAAUUCUGCCUAGGUUAGCGUGUAUCAGCGUGCAUCAGCGUGCCUGCGAGAGUGAGUGAGCGAGCGCGAGCCGGCGCCGGACCGCAGCCGGACCCGGACGGCCGGACGCGGACCGAACCCGGUGUGAUUCUUCACUAAUUUUUAUUUUUUCAAGAUUUCCAUUCCUUAUUGUUGUAGCGUUAUGGAUGUCGAAUUUAAUGUUAAGUCCUAAUUAAAUUCACGCGGAUGUAUUUUUAAGUUAAGACGUAAGCGUAAUCAGUGUACUCUAUAAACAUUGAUCCAUUACAUAAGUAUCGAUAGCCGCCGGGUCGACAUUUAAUUAUUUUUUUGCUAACGAUUUCUCAUUUCAGAAUGAAAACUGAUAAUCUAUUAUAGUUUGUUUGUACAUAUAAAAGCAUAAGAACGGUAACAAUAAAACGAAAACAUUUCUAAACUU